AUGGCAUUAGCUAGAGCAAGAGUAUUGACUUUUUUUGAUCCUGUUGAUAAAUAUGAAUGGUAUGAUAAUAGAUUUGAUAAAAGAAUAUUUAUUCGUUGUAUUGACUCUCACCAUUGUCGUAACCAUAUAUGCGAUCAUAUCAAUCAAGAUUUAGAUGUUCAUUUCUUUUUCCCUGAUACUCAAUUAGCACCUAUCAUGGAUUGGCAACCGGAAUAUAUCGGUACUUAUAAAUAUAUUUAUUGUCGUGAUCAAACAUCAAUCGAUGAAAUUAAACAAACAUAUAGGAAGCGCCCUACCCACCAGAUAUUCCUUGCUGACGAACUAGAAUUUCAAAUUGGUCAUGUUCAAGUUGCACUCUUGCGUUCAUUAGCAAAGAAAAUGCCUGAGGAAUCUCCUGAACGUGAUGAAAUAGCAUCAAAAGCAAUAGAACAAUUAGAAUGUCUUAAACUCAUGUUAAAACAAUUGAAGACUGAUCAAUUAAGUGAGGAACCUGUCGAACUUCACUAA